AGUGCUUCAACAAGUUUCAACAUAGCGCAGAGUGAAGAGCUUCCAUCCCGUAUAGAUUUCUGAAAGUGUAUUACAGCACCUCAAGCAGUGGCAGACGGGGGUAUCCACGAGACAGCUUGUCCUAGAAUUAGAGUGCCACCUUUUUCAUGCCCCUCGUGCCAUCUAGGCCUUCACCAUGCUCUCUCAAGUAAUAUUACAUGGACGAGGCUCCUUAAAUACUGAAAAAUCAUCAUCCACAACACAAGCAAUGUCCUCUGAAGCGCCAGCCUCCAAUGCAAAGCAUACAGCCGCCUCAUUCCCUUUCCUAGAACUUCCUGUAGAACUCCGUCUACACAUAUACCGAUAUCUGGCCCCAAAUAACCCAGUAGAGCCAUGGACUAUCUACAAUCCCAAGCCGCUUCGCAAUGAUGGAGAGAAGUGCCAUCCGGUCAUUCUUCGCACAUGCCGGACAAUCUACAACGAAGCCCUCGGGGAAUGGUACGGCGGGGUGGAAUACCAGAUGUUCGCGUGCAAUGAAUCCAUAGGACUUCAUCCACGGACCGUCAUUCGGACUGCCGCUAUUCAUGCCGGAUUGGCCUCCCCUCAUCCAGGCCUGUGGGCUAUAAAGGCGUUACGGCUGCAUAUUGUACUCCCGACACAGCCCGUACUGAAAGCUCUGGAAGGGAUAGAUCCAAUCGAUUGCGCAUUGGUGGAUGAGGUGUUGCCGACCUUGGUGAAGUGGCUCAGUCACCCAGAGAGCCGGCUCCGAGAGCUUCAUAUAAGAGUCGAGCUACCGCCGCGUUUGCUCCAUAACCUACGUCUACGUCCUCAUGAUAUCUCGAAGAUAUACGCGUGGCUACUCAAACCUCUGCAUGCUAUGAGAGGGCUGGAAAACGUUUCGCUGGCGUUUGUUUUUUGGGGCAUGGGAAGAGGUGUGCCAUAUUCAAGCGCCGCAGCGAGAUAUCGCGUCACGGAAUUCCGUCGUUUGGGGGAUGAGUAUAAGCAGUCACUUGUAGCAGACAUAUGUAAGGAGCCGUAACAGUCCUGUAUACGAAGCUAUUUGUUUGAUGGACGGCAAUUCUCAAUUUGUCAAUCUGAGCUCGUUCAUCACAAUUCAAGAAAGGAGCCAUGAUUGACAAUCAAAUGUUUUGAUUCCU